GUUGCAUUUAACUGCAGCGCAUUCCACGCAGAGAACUCAUAGUUCUGUCGAUCGUCGGAAGUUGUAGACGUAAGCACCUGACGAGAUCUGCGAGAUGUUGCCGCUCCAAUUCGUUUUGCUGGGCUGUCUGUUCAUCGCACAGGGGCUUUGCCACACUCUGCCGGAGCCUAAGGUAAGGGUGCCUCGCGAAACCAUCAACAUUCCGACGCAUCUGUUCAAGCCCGUGGACCCGAUAUCGAGCAACGAACCUAUUUCAGAUAGAUCUUCCGUAAAUGGCGGAAAUGGGACAGCCUUGGCUGAUGGACACAAUGAUGUCGAGUUUUUAGAAAGAUCCAGCGGAGAAGUGGAAGAAGUGACCGCCUCCUACGAAGAGGAGGACCUUCCAGUCCGACCCAACCCAUUUCGGCCUCGACCAUUUUUCCCUCAGAACCCUCCCCGAACAAGCGGUUUCCGCAUUCCUCAACCCAACCUCGACAAUGCAUUCCAAUCGGAUUACAAUGUGGGUCCCAGAGGCAGCGGCUUCAGCAACAGACCUUUUCCGAGUUCCCCGGAUUUCCGUGGCAGAGGCAUCCGACCAGUUCCUGACACGCCAUUCCGCGACCCAAACUCGGGAGUCUGGACGUCUGGACCAGUACCUAUACCAUCUAGUGGUUCCAUGAUCCCCCUGUUUUCCGGAGGACCCAGUAUGUCGGCUGGUAGUAGUGGACCCCUUGGCUCCGGAGGCUCUUUGAACAACUUUUACCGGACCGAAUCCUAUAGCUACUCCUCUGACGGCAGAGGACCUCCGCAGAUCGAGCGGGAUGUGUACGACUCGCGGGAUGGAUUUGGAUCAUCUUACCGCAACUUUUAACCUCUUUCCUAGUGGAAACUAAUGAAUGAAUGUCAAAGCUGAUAGUUGACGUCUUCUGAGUUCUGGAAUAACUAGUUGAGGCUGCCAGAGAUUAUACCGGCUUGUCAGUCUAAUGUAAAUAUUCUUUUCAUUAGGAAUAAUUCAUUAUUCUUCUUGCUUGUUAGUUUAUUUAUUAGACUAAAGAAUAGUUCUGUUGAAUAGGAAUCAUAGAAGGCAGUAAACUAUUGAUGGAAGCAAUUGAAA